AUGGAAUCCACUGAAAAAGACGUCAAAGCGAGAAUUGCACUUGCAUGGGUCGCAUUUAGGAAGCUCCAGUCAAUACUGAGAUCACCCAAACCAACAGUGAAAUUCAAGAUUCGACUUUUCAAUGCCGCAACACGACCGAUGAUGAUGAUGAUGACAUGUGCACAAGAUACUAAUAAAUUUAUUGUUGAUACAAUUAUUGGAAGAAUGCAAAAACGUGCACGUGAAGAAACAGCUACAAUUCCUAAAAUUUAUUCUCAAGAGAUUGUGAAAGCAAAAGUCGAAAAUCCUGGCCUUCCAACUGGUAGUCUAUUUCCAACACUUUCCAACAUUGAUGCAUCGCUCUAUCGUCGUCGUGCAAUUAAUUAUCCUAAAUUACCAACAACAAUAAACGAAAUUAGUUUA